AUGCCUCCAAAAAUGUUAGAUACUACAGAAACUACGAAUAAUUAUCCUGAUAUUGUAAAGUUGAAAGAAAAAUAUUCGCCUCAAAAGAGAAUUCCACCGCCAUCUAGAGGCCCCUCAGAAUCGUUUUCUAAGAAUUACAAAGUAUUUGCUACGGCACCCAAGAGAGCAGGAAUAUCAAGAAAUUCAAGGAAUAACAAUGGUACUGAAAUACACGAUUUAUCUAUUAAUUUAUUGGCACCACCUAUACUAGGAUCUAGAAACGGUUCACCCGAAAUCAGAAGCGAUGAUAGUUUAAGCUCUAAUGGACCAAAGAGAUCAUCAAACACUGGGGGACUUUCACCAAUAAGAAGAAGCGGAUCUCCUGUAAGGAGGCGGCAUAUAUCUGAAAUUGAGCUGGAAUUGAAUGAUAGCUUAUUUAAAGGGAAUGUGGGAAGUAACCACGGAGUAAGUUCAACUCUGGGAGACAAGAUAAGACACGAAGAACCUCAACCAACGAAAAGACAGAAAGUCAGCUUUAAUCAUGAAGUAGAGUAUAAUGAUACUUUUACAACUUCGAGCUUAAAUGACGAGAAUAACUUGCAUGUAACGAAGAUACCAGAGUCGAAGAUGCGAGGUUACGAUAAUGAGCAGAGGAAACUAGUAGAAAGAAGACAAGAAGAAGAGAAUGCACACGAGAACUCACCAAACAAGAACAAUUCAAUGAGAAUCAAUAGAUUCAUGGAGGAGGUAAAUUUAAGGUUGGAAUCUCUUGAGGAUACUCAAAAGAAGUUACUAGAUAUACUAUGUAAAUCUGCAACGGAAGCAGAGACUAUAAACAGAAUUAUUAAAUUACAAGAAUCUACCAUUCAAUUGCAAAAUUCAAUAAAACGAGAUACUUAA